UCCGAGGGUCCUGGGCAAGAAGAGGGGCGAGUGGCAGCCGCUGCCUGGUGGGGGGAGGGGGUGCCAGCCCAAAGCCAAGCCCGAACCCACAGGCGACCACCCCGAGCUCCGCCAGCCCUGGGCAGGAAGGAGGAGAGCCGGAGAGAACCAAAGCCAUGAGCAACCAAUACCAAGAGGAGAGCUGCUCCGAGAGGCCCGAAUGCAAAAGUAAAUCGCCAACUUUGCUCUCCUCCUACUGCAUCGACAGCAUCCUGGGCAGGAGGAGUCCGUGCAAAAUGAGGCUCCUGGGAGCGGCGCCCAGCCUUCCUCCGCUGGCCAACAGGACGGAGCAGGAGAAGCCCGGCCAAGGACCGGCCAAAGGGAGCCCGCCGGGCUUUGAGGCGCCCGAGCUGCACCUGCCACCCAAGCUGCGCCGACUCUACGGGCCUGGCGGAGGCCGGCUCCUAGCUCGGGCCGAGGCCGGAGGCGCCUCCUCGUGGGAUUCGCUAAAGAUCAGCCAGGCCCCGCAGGUCAGCAUCAGCCGCAGCAAGUCGUACCGGGAAAACGCGCCCUUCGCCGCCCGGGCUGCGGCCGCCCUCGACGACCUGAGCGGGGGCGUUGGAGGUGGCAGCGGCGGCCCCGAGGGCAGGUCCGCCCGGGAAGAGGAGCUGAUGGACGAGGAGGACGACGACGAAGACGACGACGACGAAGACGAGGAGGAGGCCGAAGAACUCGACGAGGAGCUGGACGAGGAGGAUGAGCUGCUGGCGGAGUCCAAGGAGGCCCGUCGGGGCGCUGGAGGUCCCGUCGGUGGCGUGGGGCCCUCCGGCGUGGGGCCGGGGCCGUCGGCGCCAGGGAGCGAAGGAGCCGGGGGCUCGCCCAAGGAGGAGCUGCUCUUGCCCGCCGACGAGCUGGCCGAGGGCAAGGACGGCGAGGACAGCGUCUGCCUUUCCGCCGGCAGCGAUUCGGAGGAGGGGCUACUCAAGAGGAAGCAGCGCCGCUACCGCACCACCUUCACCAGCUAUCAGCUGGAGGAGCUGGAGAGGGCCUUCCAGAAGACGCACUACCCGGACGUCUUCACCAGGGAGGAGCUGGCGAUGCGCCUGGAUUUGACCGAAGCUAGAGUGCAGGUCUGGUUCCAGAACCGGAGAGCCAAAUGGCGGAAGAGGGAAAAGGCCGGCGCGCAGAGCCACCCGCCCGGCCUGCCUUUCCCGGGGCCCCUGUCGGCGUCUCACCCGCUCAGUCCCUACCUUGAUGCUAGUCCUUUCCCUCCUCACCACCCAGCUCUCGACUCCGCCUGGACGGCCGCCGCCGCCGCCGCAGCUGCCGCCGCCGCCUUCCCUAGCCUGCCGCCUCCUCCUCCGGGCUCGGCAGCGUUGCCCCCCAGCGGGACCCCGCUAGGCCUCAGCACUUUCCUGGGAGCUGCUGUGUUCCGGCACCCGGCCUUCAUCAGCCCCGCUUUCGGCAGGCUCUUUUCUACCAUGGCCCCCCUGACCAGCGCUUCCACUGCGGCCGCCCUGCUCCGACAGCCGGCCCCGGCCGUGGAGAGCGCCGUGCAGUCGGGCGGCCUCUCGGAUCCGGCCACGGCAGCGGCGGACCGGCGCGCUUCGAGCAUCGCGGCCCUGCGGCUGAAGGCGAAAGAGCACGCGGCGCAGCUGACGCAGCUCAAUAUCCUCCCCGGGACCAGCACUGGCAAAGAGGUGUGCUGAGCAGCCCCGAGGAGCUGCCGGAGGUCGCCGCCGCCGAGGAGGAAGGAGGAGGAGGAGGAAGAGGAGUCCAAGACCAAA